GCCGACGGGUACCUCUAUAUCUAUGAUCUUAACACAAACGAAGGCGGAGACUGCACUCUAAUUAAACAGCACCGACUGGACGAGACGCUAGGAAACGCCGACCCUUCCGCCGCUGCUAACAUUCAGGGGAGCGUCAGUUACGCAGCUGUUGUCCGCGGCUUUGAGCCCAACACCGCUACAGUCUCUUCUACCACUGCCUCCUCUGCUGCCCUCCAACCCGUGUCUGCCGGUGCAGUCGCAGAGACGCCGCCGCGGACUGAGUCGGGAGGCGACGACUACGACGGCGACUUCCCACCCAUGACCUACUCGCCCGGAUUUUGAACACACCCUCUUGGAAACCCCCCCUUAGCUGAUGACAAACAACUCGAACUUUAAUUAAUCAUAUGAUUCACAUUUUUUUGGUUAUUUACUGAUUCAAUCAGUUAUAUAAAAAUGUAUAAUAAUUUACAGUUUAUUUACUAUUUAUGAGGACAGUUGUCCCCCAUUUUUUUGAUAAAUGUAUUAUAAAACGGAUGUUUUGC